AUGUCCAGUUUCUUUGAGAUGCAUAACAGCUCCAGUGACUUCGCUUCGACUUUCGAAGCAAUUAAAACGCUACAAAACCUCUCGAAACCGGUACAACAACAUUUAACUCGUGUGUAUACUACCUUGGCAGGUCUUGCUGGUUUGUUGGCCCUUGGAGCUUUCUUACACGUUAAUCAGUUGUUCUUGUUUGGGGGUGGCUUGCUUUCAUUCUUGAUUGGUAUUUUCUCAGUUUUUACCGUAUUGGGAUUACCUGAUACCCCGGAAAAUAAAUACCUUAGAUAUGGGCUCUUAUUUAAUUUCGCCUUUAUGGAAGGACUCUCUAUUGGUCCACUUAUACAACACACGUUAAACGUUGAUUACUCGCAAUGGGACAUUGAUCGUGAACGCUUGUAUAGCCACAAGUCUAAUAUUCGUCUGCUUCACAUUAAGCGCCUUAUUCAAUCAAAAAUCUUGUUCUCGGCAGAACUGUAUUUUGGAUUAAUUUUGUUUUGUGGUUAUGUUCUUUACGAUACACAACUAAUCUUGUAUCGAGCUUCGAAAUUUGGAUCAAGAGACGUGGUAGGCCACUCGUUAGAUCUCUUUAUUGAUCUCGUUGGUAUCUUCGUCAGAAUCUUGACCAUAUUGACCAGGAAUGCUGAAGAGAAAGAAGACCGAAAACGAAAAAAGAGAAGUUAA